AUGCAUUAUCAGGCUCUCCUCGUCGCAUACUUCUCCGCCACGGCGGCUGGCCUGCCUCUGUUCUCGAAGACGACCCGCCAAAGCAUUCCAGGCCUCGGCAGUGGUACCGGGACGGGUGGCUUCCCAGGUCUCCCGACCGGUAUUCCGGGCCUGGGUGGUGACGGUGGUAGCGGCAUCCCGUCCCUCCCAAGUGGCAUUCCAGGCAUCCCUGGCCUUGGUGGUGAUGGCACCGGCAGUGGCAUCCCAUCUCUCCCGAGCGGCGUCCCUGGCUUGGGCGGUGACGGGACUGGCUCCGGAUCAUUGCCCAUCCCCACUGGUCUCUUGGGAGGCCUCGGCGGAGGCUCAGGCACUCCUACCCUUCCCACAGGGCUCCCCAGCCUGGGAGGAGGCAGCACCGGCUCCGAGACGGGGGACACGAGCUCGACUGAUGCAGCCGCCGACACGAACCCCGCCGCCGCCGCCGCAGACUGCAAGGCCGUGACGGUCAUCUUCGCCCGCGGCACGACCGAGCCAGGCACGCUGGGCGCCAUCGUCGGGCCCGGCCUGAACACAGCGCUCGGCACGGCGCUGAACAACAACGCGGUGGUGACGGGCGUCGCGUACGCCGCGGACGCGGGCGGCAUCGCCACCGAGAUAUCCCCGCAGGGCGGCGCGGGCACCAAGGCCAUGGUCAAGGCGGUGACGGACGCGCUCGCGUCCUGCCCGGACACCCAGGUCGUGCUGUCCGGGUACUCGCAGGGCGCCAUGCUCGUGCACAACACCAUGAACAACCUGGACGCCGCGGCCGCGGGCAAGGUCAAGGCCGCCGUCACCUUUGGCGACCCGUUUGUCGGGCAGGCUGUCAAGGGUAUCCCCGACGGGGCGUUCAAGUCCUUCUGCGCGUCGGCCGACGCCGUCUGCGCGACUGGGGCGGGCACGUCGCCUUCUUCCGGGGGCACCACGAGUGCGAGUGCCACGGGCCACCUUGGCUAUGGGUCUGACACCACUGCUGCUGCGACUUUUAUCAAGGGCAAGGUCACCGCUUGA